UCUCUAUCCCCUAAAGAGCUCUGGCACAUUGUACACCAGUGUUACGGCACUGAGCUGGGCCUCACUAGUGAAGACGACGACUAUGUCUCCCCCACCGCCGAACACAUGAACGGCCUACUGCCAGGAGACGAGUCUGUGUCGGUUACAGAUCUACUAGACCUGAGCUCAGUGUCGGUUCCCUCCACCGGCAGCUCUCCCCCUCCCCUGGUGCCCUGCGGUCCAGUCAGCUCUUCCUCAUCUACCAACCUUGUGGGCUCCUCUCCCCCUUCCUCCGCCUCCUGUCUGCCCAUAGAGGUGCCUUCCUCAUCAGGACGCAGACUGAGCUCUGACCCCAUCGAACCAAGCCCACCCAGCUUCCACAGCUCGCUGCCAUCGACCACUCCCACCAACGCCUCUGCCUCUGCCCCGGCCUCUGCUGCUGCCUCCUUCAAUCUGGAAGAGGGUGGGGACAGCCUGUCCGAGUCAGCCAAUCACAUGCUGCCCCCGCCAACCACCAGUCUGGGAAACCUUUCCUCAUUGGAUAUCACCAACGAUGAGGAAUUGCCCACAGACCCCAGCAACUCCUCUGACACGCAAGAAGAGAGUGAAGUGGAGUCGUUCUGCGCUGACCUGAGCGGGCGGCUUCACAUCAACGCCGUGGUCCGCAUGAGUGUAGACAAGCUGCAUGACCUGCUCUUCUCAGCCGAUACCCACUUCAUCCAGCACCUCUUCUCCCAGCGACAUUUUACUGACCUGUCGGUGGGUGAAUGGCAGCAGGACAGCAGCACUGGGAAUACCAGCCGUGUGCUUAGCUACACCAUCGCCCUGAACAACCCCCUCGGCCCCAAGACUGCCCCUGUGGUGGAGACGCAGACAUUGCAUAAGAGCAGCGCCCGGGGUGAGUGCUACGUGGUGGACUCGGAGGUCAUCACCUCAGGCAUCCCCUACCAGGACUACUUCUACACUGUCCACAGAUACUGCCUCACCUCUAUUAACAAGCACAAGAGCCGGCUCAGAGUUUCCUCAAACAUCUGCUACAAGAAGCAGCCGUGGAGUCUGGUGAAAGCAUUGAUUGAAAAGAACACCUGGAGCGGCAUUGAGGAGUACUAUAGACACAUGGAGAGCGAAGUGAGCAAGCUGGAGACGCUACUGCAGUCUGAGGUUUCCGUGGUAACCACAGGCGAAGCAGUGGGCGCCGACGCUGCCAAGACCCCGCCAGCCCUGCGCCGGCGCAAACGCACCUGCUCUAGACGGCAGAGCGAGAAGGAGAGGGAGAGGGAAGGAGGAGGCAUGGGCACCGGAGACCGAGGGGACAGAGGAGUCGGAGAGGACAGAGACAGGAGAGAAGCCAGUGCUCAGUAUAUAAAGCUUGGGGAGCGUUCGCGCGGAGGACAGAACAGUAUAUCUACCAUCCUCCUCAUUGUCAGCUUCAUUCUGGUGGUGCUGGUGGCUCUCAACAUGCUGCUGUUCUACAAGCUGUACGCUCUGGAAAGAGCGGCCCAUACACUGGAGACAUGGCACUCCUAUUCUGUUGCUGACAGAUGAAGCAGUCUUUAGAAAAGCUCCACCGGGGCAUCGUGGUCCCAGAGGUGCAGCAGGACCCCCCUGAUGAUAUCCUCACAGAGUCUGGGACUGAGGCCUGAGUCCCCCCCACCCCUCCCCUGAUUGUCUCCUAACUCUGAACACACCCUGGUAGAAAAGAGCGGCCUCUGCAACUUGGUUUUGCUCUUUCCCUAAUUUUCCAAAAUCGACAACCAGGAGUGGGACAUGCAGGGGACUACAUUACCCACAACUCUCCUCGCCUGACUGACUUGAAAUGGCAACGUUUGCCUUCAGCCUCAACCAGUUACAACUUCAGUGAACUCAUUCAGACUGGAAGCUAUCAGGACCACAGCAAUAAUCUACCUACAGCUGCAAGUCAUCUGUAUGUACUGUAUGGAAACAGGCCACUGGUGGGCCGAUUCAGACCAUCCACUCCUCAAGAGACAUUUCAAAAUGGCCAAACGUGUUUCAGAAUAACUUUAUUUCAGACCUCCUUAAUUUUCACAAAAAAACAAAACAGAACCAUUUUAUGACUAUCAUAGACUUCAGUUUCUCUCCUGACAUGCAACAUUUCAAAGGUGCAAUGGGAAGGGAUCAGUGAUUUCUGGAAAGUGGGAGUUCUUCCUCCUAGUCCUGGGAACAUUUAGAUACCUUUGCCUCUAGUUGAAUGCCUGCUGAUACAAAAAAAAGGGGGGGGGACACCACCUGCUGUGUGGAUGUGACGAACACCCAGAAGGAGAGGGGAGAGCGCUGAUAGGAGCACGGCGCCUCUCUCGCUCUUUCCGCGAGGGAUGUGUUCUUCCAUGUCCGAUUUGAGCCCCCUCAAAGGCUGUCGGUCCUCUGUGAAAGGGGAUGAGGAACAUUUCAACAUCAGACACUUUAAUUUUCACCCUUAAUUAUAGAUGUAAUUUAUACAUCUGAAGAACUCUCAAACACCCUCCCACUCCUCCCAGUCCUGUCUGGGUUUUAUCUUUUUUCAAAAUCAGUGUGUUGGGUUGUUUGUUAGGACAGCAAGCUGCGUCUGACUGUUUCUCUGACUGUUACAGUAUUUAUUAUCACCAAUGACUUUUAAACUGAAGUCCUGUCCUGCUCUUAAGAAGUCAUUUGGUGGGUAUUUUGUGCUCUGAUUUGCUGUUGCCGUGCGGACCAAGAGGAGCUACACGAGAAGGAUUACUGUCACAGCAAUAAUGACAAUAGUGAUUCUAGUACUUUUUGAAUGUUUCAAACAAAGUAGUAUAUAAUAUUAAUAAUAAUAAUGAGUUGUGUGUGAAUGUGUGUAGAGGCAGUGAAAAAAAAACCAAGCAAAGAAGAUUUUGACUUGACAGAUGCGUGCGUGUGUUCAUGAGGAGUCCUCAAUGUUACAUUUUUCAUAUUAGCGUUUCUUGAGUUCGUUUUUUGGAUUUCACAUUUGGUUGCUCACUCUUUGUAUCACAGAGCCAGACCUUACCAGUUCAGGAUUUAGACUUGGAUCAGGUAGAAACCGAAGUAUCAGAACUGCUACUUCGUUGUCCAACUGGGCUGGGCGUUUCAAGAUGAAAGGACCAACCAGAAUUUUGUAGGCCCAGGUGAAGAAAAAGGGAAUCUGUUUUGCAGUAUUUUUUUUUUUUUUUGUGUUUGUAAUAUGAAUUUCAUAAUUUGACUCGCUUGUUUUUCUCUUUUUAUUGUUGCUUGUUCUUUUUUUCAUUUUCUAUCUUUAUUAUUUUGUCAUCUUUAUUUGUUGUUUAUUUUCAGCCAGUCCUCUCCGUCCACUCAGUUCUGUCCUCUGAUGAUUUAAAGCAUCUCACCCAUCUAUACUCCCUCCUUUGUUUCCUUCUUCUUCUUCCCAUCACUCAAGCCCACUCUUCCUCUCUUUCCUCUCCGUGCUCUCCCCCUUCACCCGCUCACUCUCU